GCUGGCGUAACAACUCUGACUCCAGGAGCACCAUAAGUGGCCCUUGCGACCUGCUGAGUGGUACACCUCAAGCUAAGUUUCAAGGUAAAACGGAUUCUGUAAAAGCAAUUAAAGACGAAAAUGGAGCAAGUGUCCAUCUGGGCCAUCGUCAUUUGUGUAUCCAUGAUCUCCAUCUCGUGAGACGCGCAGGCAACCCACAAAUUCGGUUGAUUGGAUCAAAUUCAUGGAUCCUUUAAGAGUGAUCAGGUGACGAUUGCCUAAAAUGGAAGUCUCCGAAUCAAAUUUGGGUGCCCAACGUCAAAAAAAGCCUAAACUUGUGUGGCAAGGGUUGAAAAAGAGCAAACACAUUUUUGUGGUUUUCAGUGCUCAGUGCAGAGUUGCUUUUCCAGAGAAAAAAAUGUAUCGCUUCAUCGCGCGUCCAUUCGUUCAUUUGCGUUCUUCCAAUGUCGCUCGGGCAUGCUUCUCGACCACGCCCUCAUGCUUGCACAAAGCCAACGCUCGCAAACGUCUGCAAGGAACCGGGGCGGUCCCACAAAGAGCCGGUUUAGCCAACGACAAGCAGAUUUACUUGGACUGGAAUGCGAAAAAGACCAGUGUAUACCAUCACUUUUGGUUACGUGAUCAUUGCCGGUGCGAGCAGUGCUACCACCCCCAAACUCGGCAACGUCUGGUCGACACGUUUGCGAUCCCACGCGAUAUUCAGCCGACUUCGGUCGACAGUACCCCCGAAGGAUUGGCCGUGAUAUGGCCCGAUGGGCAUCAAAGUCUGUAUGCUUGGGACUGGCUCCACACUCACUCUUACAGCCCCGUGUUGCGCACCUCGGAUCCGUUGGAAUCCAAGCAACCUCAACUGUGGGAUGCUUCGCUAAACUUACCGGCGGUUGACCACGAGGAAGUGAUGCACUCCAAGGAAGGACUGGCAAAAUGGCUCAAUAAUUUGGAAGUGUACGGUAUCGCCUUUGUCGAUAAUACCCCGACAACCAUAGAGGCCACCGAGGCCCUGGGGCGACGACUUUGCUACUUGCGUGAAACCCACUACGACAGAGGAAUGUGGUCCAUCCAAGCUAACUUGCAUCACGCCGAUACGGCUUACACGACCUUGGGAUUGGGCGCUCACACCGACAACACGUACUUUACCGAACCAGCUGGUCUGCAAAUGUUCCAUAAAUUAGAAUUUAAUGGUAAAGGAGGCGAGUCCCUUUUCGUUGACGGAUUCAAUGUCGCCAAACAGUUGAAAGCCCUGUCGCCUGAAGCUUACCGAACUUUGUCGACGACGCAUGUGCCUACUCACUCAGCAGGGGAUGAUGACAUCCUAAUUGUGCCUACCCCGCGUGCUUAUCCUAUCCUGAACCACGAUCCCAAUGGCCGCUUGUAUCAGGUCCGCUACAACAACAAUGAUCGAUCUGCCCUCGAUCACUUGAGUUCCGCUCAAUUGGAAGCUUUCUACGACGCCUUGUUCAUGUGGAGCAAACUUCUCAAGGACAAGAAGAAUGAGCUCUGGGAGCCACUGAAUCCUGGACGUGUGGUGAUUUUUGACAACUGGCGCGUAUUGCAUGGUCGUGCCGCUUUUGAAGGCCAUCGUCUGCUCUGCGGAGCUUAUUUCCCAUGGGACGAUUACAAGAGCCGAGCAAGAACCGUACGCUUGACAAGUGAAGAUAAAGAUCGCUUGUUGUAAAUAGCAGAAAUAAACUGAUGGCUCUCACUGUCAAUAUCCAAAAAAAAAGAUGACCUGUC